AUGGCGGGGCCGAAUGCGGCGAUGUUACUGUCGAGCAAAGGAGGCGCAUUUAAUUCCGCGCAGUUUGUCGCGGGCAGCCGACGAAAAAGUUCGAGCAAAAAGAAGAGUUGCGCAAGAGCGGGAUUUUUCUCGAAAGAUGAUGAUUUCGAGACUAGUACGGAGGAGCAAUCAUCAUCAUCUUUGGCCGGGAAAGCGGUCUCCGCGGUCGUGGCAGCCGCGAUUUCCCUGAGCUCGGCGGGGCAAGCCGCCGCGCUGUCGUCUUCGCAAGUUCAGUUGAUGAGCACGACCACGUCUUCGGAAAUCGCGCAAGUUUCCGCCGGCGCGGGUACGAUGACGGUCCCAGCUUCUUCAGCUGAGAAAGCCUCGGACUUCGCGGCGAAGAAAGCGCAGUUGGAAAAAGCGAAAGCGAGGAAACAAAUGGAAAUGGCGAAGAAAGCGUAUAAAGCGGAGACGAAGUCUGCGGUGGUGUCGACGGCGAAGAAGUCCACGGCGGUGGUGUCGAAGACGACACCGGCGAAGACCGCGGCGGUUACGAAGACGACGACGACGACGCCAAAGGCGAAGGACGCGCAAGCCGAAGCGCAAAGAAGAGCGGCGGAAGCGCAGAGAAAGGCGGCGGAAAAAGCUCGAACGGAAAGUUCUUUGGCGCAAGCUUCCAAGGCGUCGCAGUUGCAAAAAGAUAAGGACGCUAAAAUUGAGGUUGAGAAGAAAGCGCAACAAGCCAAGGCGGACGCGGCGAAGAGAGAAGCGGCCAUCAAGGCUAAAGCGGAAGAGACGAGGAGAGACGCCGAAUACAGAGCCAAAGCGAACGCGGACUUGAAGAAACAAAGAGAAGCGGCGGUGGAAAGAGCGCAAAACUCGGAGAAGCAGCAAAGAGAUGCGGCGAUGAAGAGGAAAGCGGAUGCCAACGCCAGGGAAGCUGCGGCGAGAAAGGCGGAAUCGCUCCGCGCGUCAGAUAAGGUCAUAUCCGACGCGGUGAAGCAAUCCGAGGCGGCGAAGAAAGCCCUCGAGGCGAAGAACAGGGACACCGCAAAGGCAGCGGCCGAGGCGAAGAGACUCGCCGAAGCGAACAUCAAGGCGGCCGAGGCGAAGAAAAAGGAGCAAGCCGCCGCCGCCGCCAAGGCUGAAAGAGAGCGAUUAAGUACGGUCGCGAAGAACAAGGAAGUCGUGCAAAAGCAAAUUAAAAUGGUGGACAAGGCUGCGGAAACUAAAGCCAGAGAGUCGGCGCAACAAGCGGCGAAAGCCAAGGCGGAAGCGAAGAAAAUUGCCGACGCGAACGUCAAGGCGGCGGAAGCGAAGAGAGCCGCCGAGGCCAAGAAAGCGCAACAAGCCCAGGCGGCUGCGCAGCAACAAGCGCAACAAGCCAAGGCUGAAAAGGAAGCUAACGCGAGAGCGUUAGAGGCCAAGAAAGCCGAGCAAGCGAGAGCGCAAGCGCAACAAGCCGCAAAGGCGAAGGCUGAAAAGGAAGCUAGUGCGAGAGCGUUAGAGGCCAAGAAAGCCGAGCAAGCGAGAGCGCAAGCGCAACAAGCCGCAAAGGCGAAGGCUGAAAAGGAAGCUAGCGCGAGAGCGUUAGAGGCCAAGAAAGCCGAGCAAGCGAGAGCGCAAGCGCAACAAGCCGCAAAGGCGAAGGCUGAAAAGGAAGCUAACGCGAGAGCGUUAGAGGCCAAGAAAGCCGAGCAAGUGCGCGCACAAGCCGCCGCGAAGAAAGCCGCGGAAGCGCCAAAGCCGGUGGUUGCGGCGCAAGCCGAGCAAAAACAAUCAGCAGCGAAACCAGAACAACAACAAGUUGCCGCUCCGGUGGUGAACAAAGAGGCGGAAGCGAAGAAGGCACAGGCGGAAGCGAAAGCCAAGGCUGAUCAACUCGCGCGCGCGAAGAAACAGCAAGAAGCAUUAAUCAAGAAGCAAAAGCAGCAAGAAAUCGACCAAUUGAACAAGAAACGCCAAGCCGAAGCGCAAGCGGCGAAGAAAGCGGAAACGCAAAGAAAGGCAGAAGCGGCCAAGAAGGACGCGGCUCGCAAGGCGGAACAAGCCAAGGCGCAGAAAGAAGCCGCCAAGGCGAAGGCGGACGCGGCCAAGAAGCAACAAAUCGAAGCUGCCAAGGCCAAGGCGGAACAAGCCAAGAAAGCUGCGGAAGCGAAGAAGGCGGCGCGAUCUCAAAAAGCUACCGCGCCGGUGAAAGCUGCCGCUCCGGUGGUCGUCCAAGCGGUGAAGCAAGAAGUUGCCGCUCCGGUGGUCAAGGCGGUCGAGACUGUGGUCGAAGCCCCGAAGCCGGCGCCGGCGCCGGCGCCAGCUGCCAAGAAAGUCCAAGCGGAAGCGAAGAAAGCCGCGGAAGCGAAAGCUUUAGCGGCGAAGAAAGCCGAAGCGGAAGCGAAGAAGGCUUCGGAGGCGAAAGCGGCCGCGGCCAAGAGAAUUAAAGAAGAAGCGACGAGAAAAGCCCAAGCCGAAGCGCAGAAGAAAGCGCAAGCGGACGCUUUGGCAGCUAAGAAAUCCGCCCAAGCCGCGAGAGAGGCCGAAACCAAAGCGCGCCAAGAAGCUGCGAGAAUGAAGCUUGAAGCCUCGAAGAAGGCGGCGGCGGCUCAAAAAGCCGCCAAGGAAGCUGAGGUCAAACAAGCCGCCGCGUCCAAGAAGGCUGCUCCGGCGCCGGUAGUGGCGGCCAAGAAGGUGGUUGAGGCGCCGAAACCGGUCGAGAGCAAGACGACGCAAACGCCGAAAGAGAAACGCGAAGCCGCGGAGACGACGACAAAGAAAGCCACUCCGGCCGCCAAGGAGGUUGUCGCGAAGAAACCUGUCGAUGUCGUCGUGAAUUUUGAGCAAAAGUCUGCCACGAAAAAGCCAGCCGACGCCAAACCGGCCGCCGCCGUCAAAGCGACGACGACAUCGCCGGCCCAAAAAGCCACCACUACCACUCCUGCUGGCGCGAAAGUUGCUACUCCGGAAGACGCAAAGAAAGCGAGAGAGAAGAAGCAAGCCGAACGAGCGAAAAAGCAAAAGAAAUCUGCGCAAGAAGCUGCCAGGAAACGCGCCCAACGAGAAGCGAAGGCGAAAAAUGUGACACCGUUUAAAGCGGUCAUCGGCGACAUCACCACCAUCGCGUUGGCCACCACCAUCGCCACCGUCCUCUUCGUCCCGAAAGUCAAGGAAUCUUUGGCCGCCGGCGAUACCGAAGCCGCCGCCGAUGCCGUCUUUGACAAGAUUGACUCCAUCGAAAACCCGACGCAAAAGGUUGGCGCGGUCGGCUUAGCCGUCGCCGCCGAUGCCUUCGCGCACUUGCCAGUCGCGAACAUCCUCCUCCCAGCCGGUUUAGAAACUGUCGGUACGAUUGCGUUCACGUUGUUGGCCACGAAAUACUUGUUAGCCAAAGACGGUGACCUCGCGGAAGACUUCGACGAGCUCCUCUCCUCUGUUCCAGAGGAUUCACCGAAGAACUUGAAAGACGUCGUCGAUUUGGUCUCCCCGGCCGUGAAAGUUGGUUCUAAAAUCGUCAAAGCUGCCGCGGAAACCGACGUCGAGGAAGUCGCCGACGAGCUCAAAGAAGCCGUCGAAGAUUUACCGGAAACCGUCCAAAACAUCGAGUCGCCGGUUGAAGAACUCGGCCCGACCGCGGCUAUCCUCGGCGCAUCCUACGUCACCAACAGAGUCGCGCACGCCUCCGUGCUUGCAUUAUCCCUCCCAAGAUUGCUCGAACUCGCCGGCGCCGGCGUUUUGAUCUACGCCUUGGGCAGAUACGCCGACGACGAAAGCGAUUUCACGUUGCGAGAAGACCUCGAAGAUUUGAAGGAAGAAACGACGAGAAUCGUCAAGAAAGCCACCGGGUUUGACGUCGACGGUGAUGACAACUAA